CCUUCUCCAGCACUAAAACUCACACAUACGCAGAACGCCAAAACCCUAGCUCUUCUUAUUUCUCUCUCCGCGUUUCUUUUAGAUUCUGUUUGGAUGCUUUGAAUCCUUUGAUUUUCCACCCUUUAGUUUGCUGAUAUGGAAGAUAAAGAGGGGAGCAAUCCAGGAGGUGAGUUUACAUCGGAGUCGAGCUGGACACUUUCCGAGGGAGGACCUGACUCGGUGUCCAACAGCGUUAAUUACUUCUUCGACUGGGAGAGUAGUAUACUCAGUGAAUUCGGCUUGGAUCUACGGCAGGGUCAUGCUGACAAGUUCGGACGGUUCGCUGAACUAGAUCGGCCUGAAGCCAGGCCUGAAUUGGCGGGAAAAUUUAGCGGCUCACAAAGCUGCGCUGCAGCUGAUGAUGUUGCUCGUUGUUCAGUUUCGGGGACGGCUUCGAAUCCGGGUGGGUCAGCUGUCGUGUCGACGUCGAAUCUGUCGGGGUAUUCGAGCUCCAGCGAGGAUCUGCCGGAGAAAUCUACGGGAUCCGGCAGAAAACCGCCCGAGAUACCGAGUAAGGUGAGGAAGAAGGGGCAAAAACGAAUACGGCAGCCACGUUUUGCAUUUAUGACCAAGAGUGAGGUUGAUCAUCUUGAAGACGGCUACCGAUGGCGGAAAUAUGGGCAAAAAGCUGUUAAAAACAGUCCAUUUCCUCGGAGCUACUAUCGCUGUACAAACAGCAAAUGUACAGUGAAGAAGAGGGUAGAACGCUCUUCUGAAGAUCCUACCGUUGUCAUUACUACAUAUGAAGGUCAACACUGUCAUCACAGUGUAGCAUUCCCCAGAGGGGGACUCAUCAGCCAUGAAGCUGCCUUUGGUGGUCAAUUGACGCCGGCAGUCUCACAAUUUUAUCAUCCAGAGGUACAGUUACAUAAGGAAAUUCCUCCAAGCAGGACACAAUCACAGUUACAGGCACACGAAACACCGAUUGACGUAGGAGAAACUCGUUCAGAGCCCCCGACAGAUGAAGGGUUACUCGGUGAUAUCGUCCCUUCCGGAAUGCAUAACAGAUGAGAAAGAAAAUAUGGUAUGCAUAUCUUCCUUUAACUAAAUCAAGUUAAUUAACUUACUUCCAUGCUCUGCAUGUGGUUGUCCAUUUGAAUUUGUGUGCUUUAAAGGGAGGAAUGCAGUAUCAUUUUUUA